AUGCCAUCCUUCGCUCCAUCGUCACCACCGGAAUUCCUGUUUGGAUAUAAUCGGGCCAAUGCCCAGUUCAUCUUCCGAGAUUUUCCGUCCUACAACCUCUCGCAUGAAAAGGCUUUAUAUGUGCCCAGGACCUACAACGUCCCCGCGAUUGAUGCCAUCCUUUUGUGUCUUAAUAAUGUGGACAAGAAGGCUGAGCUCAUACCGAUUCAAAUCACGAUCCAGAAAGCUCAUAGAAUAUCGGAAGAACAGUUCUUCAACAACUGGUUCUUCUGGCAUGACUACCUUGAUGAUUAUGAUGUCAAUGUCACCUCCCUCUGGAUCACCUCGGACGGGGGCUUCCAAGCGAACGUCCAUGGAGGAAAGACUCCGUAA